AAACCGAUGUUUUCUAAAUCGGCAUUGAGCAUUAUCGAGUUCCGCAAGGCGCAGCGAGCCGAAGGUCCGGCUACCAUCAUGGCCAUCGGGACUGCCACACCGCCUAAUUGUCUGCUCCAAAGCACGUAUCCCGAUUACUAUUUUCGUAUUACAAAAAGCGAGCACAGAAAAGAACUUAAAGAGAAAUUCAGACGCAUGUGUGACAAAUCUAUGAUCAAAAAACGAUACAUGUACUUGACAGAGGAGAUCUUGCAAGAGAAACCGAACAUUUGUGCUUACAUGGCACCAUCGUUAGACGAGCGACAAGAUAUUGUUGUCGUGGAAGUACCCAAGCUCGGGAAAGAAGCCGCGACACGGGCAAUUAAGGAAUGGGGCCAACCAAAAUCGAAGAUCACCCAUCUUGUAUUUUGCACUACCAGUGGUGUUGACAUGCCAGGAGCUGAUUACCAGCUCACAAAGCUUCUCGGCCUUCGGCCUUCAGUCAAACGCUUGAUGAUGUACCAACAAGGUUGUUUUGCUGGUGGCACCGUUUUGCGUUUGGCCAAAGACCUGGCUGAGAACAACAAGGGGGCCCGCGUACUGGUGGUCUGUUCGGAGAUCACGGCAGUGACUUUCCGCGGGCCUGAUGAAAGCCAUCUCGAUAGCCUUGUAGGCCAGGCUUUGUUCGGCGAUGGUGCAGCUGCAAUAAUAGUCGGGUCUGACCCAAUGCUCGAUGUAGAGAAGCCGCUUUUCGAGAUUGUUUCUGCUGCCCAAACAAUUCUCCCCGAUAGCGACGGUGCAAUCGAUGGACACCUUCGUGAAGUUGGGCUUACGUUUCAUCUUCUCAAAGACGUUCCCAGACUUAUCUCGAAACACAUCGAAAAGAGCCUUUUAGAGGCCUUUCGACCCUUGGGCAUCAUAGAUUGGAACUCCCUUUUCUGGAUCGCGCAUCCGGGCGGGCCUGCGAUUUUAGACCAAGUCGAGGAAAAACUAAGCCUGAAGCCCGAUAAAUUGCGGGCCACACGACACGUGCUCAGUGAAUACGGAAACAUGUCAAGUGCUUGUGUCUUGUUUAUCCUAAACGAAAUGCGACAUGCUUCGGCUACAGAUGGGUUGAACACCACGGGCGAGGGGCUCGAGUGGGGCGUGUUGUUUGGGUUCGGACCUGGGCUUACCGUCGAGACCCUGGUCCUCCAUAGUGUGUCCAUUUAAUUGGUCCAUCCUACUCCUUGAUGUGCCCAAAUACCUUCUAUUUGUAAUUGUAAUUUUCCUUUUCUCGUGCCAAUA